AUGGAUAAGGCUAAGGCAGCGAUUACCGACUUCAUGUCCAAGUCUGGACAUCACGACACCACCGUCCACGAGGCCGUUGCUCCUGCUGUACAGCACGAGGUCGUGAAGCCUCAUGUACACGAGGAGGUCCAGACUGCCGUGGACAAAGAGGUCCACCAGGACCAUUACCACCGCACAGUUCAGCCCGUCCAGGACCGUGAGGUUCUCCCCGAGCAGCACACUGCUAAGCUCGGCGCUGUUCAACAUCGCGAAUUCGAUCACCGUGACCACGAUACCACAAAGAGGAAUCUUAUCGACGAGCAGGCCCGCUUCAAGGACGAGCGCCAUGUAGAUGCUACCACACACAGCCAGAGCGCCGCUGCUGCUAUCGGCGGUGAGCACGUCCACCACCACAUCCACGAGACCAUCCAGCCAGUCGUGCAGAAGGAGACCAUCCAGCCCAACGUUGUCCACACCACCGUUCCUAUUCAUGAGGUUCACCACAACAAGGCUACCCACCAUAGCACAACUGCUCUUCCUGCCAUGACUAUGGAUGAGUUCAAGAGCAAGGGUGGAGCUCUUACCGGCCGUGAGGAGCGUUAUGAUGCCUUCGAAGGUGUUCCCAAGAACAUCGGUGCUGGCACUGCUGGCGGCUUCGGUGCUGUCCGCGAGGGAUCUGGUCAUCAUGACCACCACCACGUUGAUGGUGCCCCGCGCCACGGCGACUUCGAUAAGUCUACUGGCUCUGGCCUCACUGGUCAUCACGGCCAGCAGCACAACGACUUCGCUCGUGACAAUCGCACCCACACCACCAAAGAUGGUCUUCCCGAUGCACUCACUGAGGAUCGCUCCAGGGCUGAUGCUCACAACACCCACACCCGUGACUCUACCUCCAGCGAAUCCGCCGAGCACAAGAAGCCAAGUCUUAUGGAUAAGCUUAACCCUAAGGUUGACGCGGAUGGCGAUGGCAAGGCCGGCUUCAUGAAAUAG